AUGGAGCCAAGGAAUCUAACAGGUGUCUUGGAAUUCCACCUCCAAGGUCUCUCUGAGGAUACAGCACUGCAGCCUUUCUUGUCUGGCUUACUUCUGUCCAUGUACAUGGUCGCCUUGCUCGGAAAUCUGCUCAUCAUCCUGGCUGUCAGCUCUGACCCUCAUCUCCACACCCCCAUGUACUUCUUCCUCUCCAUCCUCUCCUUAGAUGACAUCUGCUUCAUCUCCACCAUUGUCCCCAAGAUGCUGGUGAACAUGCAGACACACAGCAAAUCCAUCAGCUAUGCUGGCUGCCUAACCCAGGUGUUCUUUUUUGCCUUGUUUGGAGGUUUGGACAGUCAGCUGCUUGCAGUGAUGGCCUAUGAUCGUUUGGUGGCCAUCUGUCACCCUUUACACUAUCCAACCAUCAUGAACCACCAUCUGUGUGGUUUGUUGAUCCUACUGUCAUUGUUCAUGGGUCUUUUGGACUCCCUGACACACAGUGUGAUGGUGUCACAACUUACCUUCUGCAAAGAUGUAGAAAUUUCUCACUUCUUCUGUGACCCACCUCAACUCCUUAAGCUUGCCUGUGAUUAUAGUUCUACCAUUAGUAUAUUUAUCUAUAUUAUUGGAGCAAUCUUUGGGGGUGUUCCGGUUUCAGGCAUCCUUUAUUCUUAUGUUCGAAUUGUUUCUACCACUCUGAGAGUCCCAUCCACAAGUGGGAAAUAUAAAGCAUUCUCUACUUGUGGGUCUCCCUCAGUGGUGUGCUUAUUUUAUGGAACAGGCAUGGGGGAAUAUUUUAACUCCAUCAUUUCAUAUGACACCACAAAGGUGAUGGUUACCACAGUGAUGUAUACCAUGGUCACUCCUAUGCUGAACCCUUUUGUCUACAGUUUAAGGAACAGGGAUAUCAAGAGGGCACUCAGGAAAUGUCUUAGAAUAACAACCUAA